UGUUUUUGCAGACACUCUCUUCCCGUUCUUCCUUCAAACCUUUUUUUUCCCAAGAAAACACAAAGAAAAAGAAAAAUGGCUUUGGUGGGCGAAGCAUUUCUCUCGGCUUCCAUUGAAGUGUUGCUUGAUCGGAUUGUUUCUUCCGAUGUUUCCAACUUUAUCAAGGGAAACAAGAAACUCGAAGCUGUUCUGCUCAACAAACUGGACCCUACCUUAAUCUCUGUGAAAGCGUUGCUGGAUGAUGCUGAAAAGAAGCAGAUUACCAACUCAUAUGUCAGGAGCUGGAUUGUUAAGCUCAAAGAUGCUGUUUAUGAUGCGGAGGAUCUGCUAGAUGAGAUUGCAACUGAAGCUCUUCGACGCAAGAUGGAAUCCCAUGAUCAGACUACUAUGAAGAAGGUAAUUUCCUUUUUCCCUUCUCGGAAUCCUUUCAAAGAUGGGAUGGUGUCAAAGCUGGAUGAGAUCCUUGGGAGAUUAGAGUCUCUAAUCAACAAAGCACACAUCCUGUGUUUGGAAGUCAACUGUGGGAGAGAAAAGUCAUCUCAAAGACCACCUGCAGCUUCUUUGGUGGAUGAGUCUGGUGUUUAUGGCAGAGAUGGUGAAAAAGAAGAAAUUUUGAGGUUAUUGAACGCUCAAAAUCCGACUGGAAAUCCUAUAGACGUCAUUCCAAUCGUGGGUAUGGGUGGGCUGGGAAAGACCACCCUUGCUCAGUUGAUCUACAAUGACUCAAGGGUGGGCGACUGGUUUGACCUCAAAGCAUGGGUGUGUGUUUCUGAAGAAUUCGAUGCUUUCCAUGUCACCAAAACCCUUCUUGAAGAGAUCACUCGUAGCAGUGAUGAUAGCCAGAGCUUAAAUCAGCUUCAGCUUAAACUAAAGGAGAAGCUAUCCGGAAAGAAAUUUCUAUUUGUUUUGGACGAUGUUUGGAAUGAAAAAUAUGUUGACUGGGCGGAGCUCAGGAUUCCAUUCUAUUAUGGGGCACAAAACAGCAAGAUUAUUGUAACAACACGUAAUGAAGGUGUUGCCGCCAUUAUGAGGACCGUUCCAACUUAUCGUCUUGAAACCUUAUCCGAUGAUGAUUGUUGGAAGCUAUUUGCUAGCCAUGCAUUUGUUGGUACAAACCCAAGCAAUCAUCCAAAGCUGAAGGCCAUCGGUGAAGCAAUUGUUAAAAGAUGUGACGGUCUCCCUCUGGCUGCGAAAACUCUGGGAGGACUCCUACGUUGCAAACUAGACGCUGCUGAAUGGAGCAAAAUAUUAGAUAGCAAUUUCUGGGACAUACCAAAUGAUUCAUGUGUUCCAGCACUGAGAUUGAGUUAUUAUUAUCUUCCCUCCCAUUUGAAGCGUUGCUUCGGCUAUUGUUCAAUUUUCCCCAAAGACUAUGAAUUUGAAAAGGAAGAAGUUAUUCGUUUAUGGAUGGCUGAAGGUCUUUUAGAGUUUCCUAGAGACAAUGGUGAUGUGGAAGAACAAGGUAACAAGUACUUCAAAGAUUUGACAUUGAGGUCAUUUUUUCAACAAUCUAAAGUGAAGAAAUCUUGUUUCAUCAUGCAUGAUCUAAUCAAUGACUUGGCUAAAUCUGUCACCGGAGAAUUUAUUUGCAGAUUAGAAGGUUGUGGUGGUUCUUCUGAAAUAACCGAAAGGACUCGUCAUUUGUCCAAUGUCCGAGAAGAGUAUGAUUUGAGAAAGAAAUUUGAGACUGUACCUAAAGCAAAAGCUCUGCGUGCAUUCGUGACUCUUCAAUCAUCACGGUGUUGGUUUUCACGGGUUACCAAUGAUUUAAUGCCUGAUUUGUUGUUGAAGUCAAGCUUACGGGUUCUUUCUUUGGCUGGGUAUCACAAUAUCAAUGAAUUGCCGGAAGAAAUUGGUAAUUUGAAGCAUUUGCGGAAUUUAGAUCUCUCAAAAACAUUAAUUAAAAGGUUGCCAAACUCUUUGAGUACAUUGUAUAAUUUGCAGACCUUAACAUUGUUUGGGUGCAGCGAACUUGUUGAGUUGCCAGAAGACAUGAGGAGAUUGGUGAGCAUGCGUUAUCUUGAUAUUAGGGGAAUACAAUUAACGAGGAUGCCAAAGGGAUUGGGUGAUUUGAAAGAUCUUCGAAUAUUAACUGAUUAUUUUUUAGGCGACCACAAUGGUUCAAGCAUUAAUGAGUUGGGAAAGCUGAAGCAUCUCCGUGGAAGACUUGCCAUUUCUGGUCUAGAAACUGUUGCACGUGCAGUGGAUGCCAAAGAUGCCAGUUUGAAGGAUAAGAUGCAUCUUGAGGUGUUGGAGUUGAAAUGGGGAGGAAAUAAUGAUGGCGAUUCGAAGCAUGAAAGGGAAGUUCUUGAACAAUUGGAGCCUCAUUUUAACUUGGAGAGUCUUGUCAUUCAAAGUUACAAUGGCACGAGAUUUCCGGAAUGGGUGGGGCAUUCUUCCUUCUCAAACAUGGUAUCUUUGGAGUUAAGAGAUUGCAGGUUUUGCCAGUCUUUGCCACCGCUUGGGCAAUUAUCAUCUUUGAAAUCUCUUUCCAUUUCUGGUUUCAGUGGAGUGGUAACAGUGGGUGAAGAGUUCUAUGGGAGUGGACACACUUCGACUGUACCAUUUGGAUCUCUUGAAACUCUAAGCUUUGUGGAAAUGUCGGAGUGGGAAGAAUGGUUUUGUGGGAGUGAUGAUGAAGCAUUCCCUCUUCUGCAAGAGCUAAGCAUUAUUGCUUGUCCCAAGCUAACCAAGUCUCUGCCCAAAGAUCUCCUUUCUUUAAAGAAACUUGUGAUUCAACAUUGUGGAAAUCUUGGAGGUGUUCUUCCAAGGGCACCGAAUGUUUGUGGAGUUGAGUUAGAAGGAUGUGAUGCAUUGCAAUUGGAGCCAUUGCCUUGCGGACUUCAAGAGUUGCGAAUCACAGGGUCGACUAUGAAUGAUUCCACGGUUGAACAGAUGUUGCGACAAUGCACCCAUCUGGACAAGUUAAGCAUGUCUGAUUGUUCUGAUAUCAGAUCCCUUCCUGAAGUUAAUGUGCCUACGACGCUGAAGCAACUGGAGAUCCAAAUGUGCGAUGCCUUGGAUUAUUCCAAAAUAUUAUUGUAUACAUCCCUUGAAUCCUUGAGGGUAGAGGGCAGUCGGUGUGAUCCACUUGAAGAAUUAUGUUUGCCAUUAGGAUCGUUUCUUUCGCUAAAAAGGGCUACUAUAGGGGGAUGUGAAGACUUGAAGUUAAUUGGUGGUUUAGGGGAUACUCACCGCCAGCAUCCAGCAUGUCUGGAUUCUUUGACUAUCUCAUUUUGUCAAAAUUUGAUAUCUAUUGGAAUUGAAGAUGUAUUAUGUGUCACCAAUUUGACCCGACUUGCGCUUUAUUAUUGCUCAAGUUUAAAGUCAUUGCCGGAGCAAAUGAACUCCGUCUUUCCAUCCCUUACGGAAUUGCAAAUAUGGAGUUGUCCAGAAAUAGAAUCGGUUCCGAAAGCGGGUUUGCCCUCCAAAUUAAAAACAAUUGAUAUCAGCUGUAGUGAUAAAGUAGUUGGGAGCAUGAUAAGUAGGAAAAGGGAAUGGAGUUUGCAAUCACUCCCUUCACUAACAUUUUUCAGUUUCGUAUGUACAGAAUUGGAGAUGGAAUCUUUUCCGGAUGAACUUUUGUUACCCUCUUCUCUUACAUUUCUCGGUAUCUACGGUCUUCGAAAUCUGGAACGUUUGGACUGCAAGGGCCUUCAACACCUCACCUCUCUUUCUCGGUUGAACAUCAACAACUGUCCGAAGCUUCAGUCCAUACCGGAAAAGACGCUCCUUCCCUCUCUUUCUCAGUUGUCCAUUCGAGAUUGUCCGUUGCUGAAGGAACAACGUUGCCAAAAGGAGAAAGGCAGAGAUUGGCCCAACAUUUCCCACAUCCCUCUCAUUGUAAUUGAUGAGGAAUUCAUUACAUAGAAAGGCAAGA